AAAUGAACUACACGUGUUCACACACGCCCCCCCAUUCUUCACCAGAAAAUUUACUCUCCACAAUCCCAUCUCUUCACCGUUUCCUCUUCAUAAAUUCAACACAGCCUCUUUCAUGGAUUCUUUCUCCUGAUUCUCUUUCUUCUAUUUUCGCCUCUUAACUACUUGAUUUCAACAACGCCAUCUAUGAAUCUCCAUUCUUUUCGCGCAAGUAGUUAGGGUUUCUUCCAAUCGGACCCUCGCUAACUCUAUCUUGCUCUCAUGUUGAACGCUCCCUGCUCUCGUUCUCUUCUUCAUCGCCCUGUUCUUGUACCUUCUCCUUCUAAAUUCAGGGUUUCCAACCGGCCCCCAUCCCUAUCUCCACUGACUCGCUCCUCUCCGAUAUUUGCUGCUAAUUCAAGAUUCUCAAGAAAGAAAUGGAAAAUUUCAUGCUUCAGGCAUGAGGAUUUUUCUUCGCAAACUCCCAACCCUGAAUAUAUUGAGCAUUCUGUACCCGAGGAGUUGGUGAAGCCAGAGAACAAGAACUCAACCACUGUCAAAAGAGAUUGGACGUCAGCUAUUCGAAAGGCUGUAGAUGAAGUGAUCAGAGCAAUUGGUUGUCAGUGGAGUGUACCUUGGACAGCGGAGACAAUCUUUCAGGUUAUGCUUCUCUGGGUUGCUGCCUUCUGGUUCAUAGGAUCCUGGAUGAUACCUUUUGCAGCCCACUUGUUGGGAUUUUGCAAGGAAUCUUUGACAUUCAGAGGUCAAGCUUUAUUCAGCCUUGUGACUGAUGUUACAGAAGGGGUUGCUGGAAUCGUAAUUCUCCAUCGCUGUCUGUCACGGUUUCAUCCUCUUCCAGCUGAUUGGUUUAGGUUUAGCCUUAAAGGAAAUUGGCUGUUGGAUGUUGUGCUGGGAUGCCUAAUGUUUCCACUGGUUAACCGACUCUCCCAGUUCAAUCUUAAUCUAUUGCCUCUAAUGCCAUCUGGACCUGUCACCCUUUCAAGUGUUGAACAGUCAAUUAUGGCACGAGAUCCAGUGGCAAUGGGACUAUAUGCUAUUGUAGUUUCAGUUUGUGCCCCAGUCUGGGAGGAGAUAGUGUUUCGGGGUUUCCUUCUCCCUUCAUUGACAAAGUACAUGCCUGUAUGGUGUGCAAUACUGGUGAGUUCAGUUGCCUUUGCUCUGGCACAUUUCAAUGUACAAAGAAUGCUUCCGCUUAUUUUUCUUGGGGCGGUGAUGGGUGUUGUUUUUGCACGAACUCGGAAUCUACUGCCACCCAUGCUCUUGCAUAGCCUGUGGAAUGGUUUUGUAUUCUUAGAUUUAAUGAGAUAGCUUCUAUGUAUUUUAGGUAUUGUUCAAUGACCGGUGGGGUUGGUAAAUCCAAUUUUUUUACGAGGGCUAUAACUGCAAGCAUCCUGCAUAAAUAUUCCCUCAGUCUAGCUUCAUGUGGCUGAAUCAGCAACUUACUCUUCAAAAUGUGUAAAAAUGGUUUGAGUUCAUUGCAUGUUGAACCUCUAGUUUAUUGAUUCUAUGUAUUGUAAUGUUAAAAGGCUGCA